AUGCGUCUAACGUCGCUGAAGAAAUUUAGAAAGGCAAAGUUGCCUACCGGCAGCGAGGGAGGAGGAGACAUGUCAGGUAAGAGCCACAGAGAAGUCGAUCAGCGCCACCACAAUCCCACUCCCACUCCCACCCACCUGCUCGGCGAAAUGGUGCCGCUCAAGCACUUUGACCUCCGGAUCGCCUCGCGGACGCUGGUCCGGGCCUCGCGCCCGCCGCCGAGCUUCCCCGCCGUGCACGCCGUCUCCAACCUCGACCUCGUCCUCGGCCCCUUCCCACUCUACCUCAUCUGCGUGUACGGGCCCCCGCCGUGCGGCCUCGGUGCGGUGCUCGCCGCCGUACGCGCUGUCCUCCCGGAAUACCUCUGCCGCUUCUUCCCCUUCGCCGGCCGCAUUGUGCGCGACCCGGGGACCAGCAUUCCCGAGGACGCCUGCAACAACGCCGGCGCCGAGCUCGUCGUCGCGGACGCCGCGGUGCCGCUCGCGGCCGUCGACUUCGCCGACAUCGAGCGCUCGCUGGGGCUCAUCCAGGUGCCCUUCGACGCGGGCUUCGCCUUGUCGGUGCAGAUGGUACGGUUCGCGUGCGGCGGGUUCUCGCUGGCGGUCGGCACCAGCCACCUCCUCGCCGACGGCAGGGCGCUGGCCGCUCUGCUCAACAGCCUCACGGAGAUGGUCCGCACGGGCGGCCGCCUCUCCUGCGAGCCUCUGUUCGAUCAGUCUCUGUUCAGCCCGCGGUCACCGCCGCGGCAUAGUCCCUCGCUGGACGCCGAGUUCGCGCGGUUCACGCCGGGGACCAUGAUCAACCCCCUCCUGGCCGCGGCCAUCCAGCGGCGCCUUUACCGCAUCGGGGCAGCCGACCUGGCGGCGCUCCAAACAGCGGCGUCGACAGUCAGCGGCCGCCGCCCGUCACGCUUCCUGGCGCUGUGCGCGCACGUCUGGAAGCUCCUCGCGCGUGCCGUCGGCGAGUCCGCCCCCAGCUGCCGCAUGGCGUGGACCGUCGACGGCCGGAGGUGCGUCGAGCCGUCGGCGGGCGCCCUGGACAUGUACAUGGGGAACGUCGUCACGUACGCGUCCCACGAGGCGAGCGUGUCGGACCUGCGGCGCAUGCCGUUGCACGACGUGGCCGCCACCGUGCGCGCCGCCAUCACGGCUGUGAUGACGAAGGACAGGUUCCAGGAUUUGGUGGACUGGGCGGAGGAGAACAAGGCAGCGUACAAGGACGGCGGGAAGUGGACGGAGGAGGUGAACCUCGGCCUCGGGAGCCCGGCGCUGGUGAUCUCCGGCUUCGUCCCGUUCGCCAUCGACGGGGAUCUGGGGUUCGGGAAGCCGAGGCUGGUCUUGCCGUGGCUGCGGCACAACCGGCUGGGGUCGGCGGCGAUGAUCCUCGUGCCCUGCCCCAGCGGGGAUGGGUCGUGGUUCGUGGAAGGCACGAGGCUGUGGCCGCGGCUGGUGGAGGUGGUAGAGAAUGUCCCGGAGAGCUUGCUGACGCCGGUGACGGCCGGGAGUCUAGGGUUCGCAGACGCAGAGCCGGCCGGCGAGCACUACGGUUCCCGUCUGUGAGGUCGCUCCACGUCUCGCACGGACCAUGGCAAG